AUGGCCGAGCCCUGCAAGCGCUUUGCACCGCAGCUCAGGGGAGUGGAUAGAGGCUUCGGCGAGCUAGCUGCCCUGUUCGGGCCGGUCGCACGCCAGGAUGAUGGCUUCUGUCGCGAAGCUCUCGGCCUGUCCAGGAGGGCACUCGCUUUUACACGUCCCUCAGAGCGAGCACCCGGGUUGUGCCGGCUGAAUUCAGCCUCUGUGUCCCUGCCGCGUGAAAUUGCUGGGCCCACGGCGCGGUCGGUGCUUGCACGCUUCUCUGUCAGCAGGCACUGGGUUCUCUUGUUGCUAGGAUCCAUCCUUGUGGAUCUGAAGUCUACAGAGGAGGCCAUGGCGCGGAGCCUGGGCAGGCCUGUCAAGUCCACGAAACAGUACCUGAGACAUGUCAUCUCAGAAUAUGAGGCGCUGGAUCGGGAGCUCCCAUGUAUCCGAAAGUUCUCGGCGCCACCCUCUGCCCAACCCCUCUGCCUGUGCAUGGAGACUUCGGAGGAUUUCACGCACUUGGAGGUGCUGGAGGCUCUGGAGGCCGAGCUGCCCGGGGCCAUGGAGAGCGGGCGGGUGAGCAGUAUCCGCUAUGAGAAUAUGAACGUCAUCUGCGGGACCGCGGGCCGCAGGGACAGGUGGCUCAUCACCGUCACGGACUUUCAGACGCGCUCGUGCCUGCUGCGCUCUGGGCUCAGCCUCCGCGGAAGCGCAUACCCGCUCGUGCGCCACGAUGACCUGCUGCUCGGGGACUACCGCCUGCACCUGCGCCGCUCCCUAGUCCGACGGCGCAUGCUCGAGGCUCUAGGGGCGGAGCCGACCGAGGAAGAUUGACGCGCGGCGGGGGCGGGUCCCAACUGCGUCCCGCCCCCAGGCUUCGCAAACCGAGAGGGCGUGGCCUCCCUAGGAAGGAGGCGGGGCCGGCUCGAGGGGGUGGAUACUGUGAGUUUAAUUAUAAAGAAUGACCUGAUACA